CUCCUCACGAAGCGUCGAAGGAAGAAACCCAAACACGAUGGCCUGCGUCGCCCAGAUUCGCGGCGUCCCCGCCACCGCUCCCCGCCUCUCGCUCCUCGGCAACAGGCGCGCCGUCCGCGGCAAGCGCAUGUCCGCCGUGAUGAACGCCACGGAGACUGACGUGGUGGCCGAGACCAAGCAGAUGCUCAAGGAGGGCGGGGUGACCGUGGAGUACCAGCGUCGCAAGGCGAAGGAGAUGGUCAAGUUCUUCAAGCAGCAGGCGUACGAUCAGGCUGUGGAGGACUCGCAGGUGUUUGGAUGGACGCCCAAGAACGAGAUCAACAACGGCAGGUGGACCAUGUUCGGACUCCUCGUGGGCAUGAUGACGGAGUACGCCACCGGCGUGGACUUCAUCGAUCAGAUCAAGCUCACCAUCUCCGUCCUCGGCAUCGCCGACAUUUACGAUUAAGACAGUCGGCGGGCGCCGACGAUACAGUGUGUCGGCGGGUGAAGGGUUGAAUCGGUCUGUCCGGGCUCGAGCGGCUUGUCCGGGCAAACCUUAGCGCAAGCAAGGCGAAAUGUAAUAGUAUCGCGGAUCAUAUCA